AAUUCAUUCUUUUUUCAUCUAAAUAGAUCAGAAGCAGUGCUGGACGAAUAUUUUUUUUUUCUUAAAUAAUUAAAGACAUAAGUAAAAUUAUCUAUUCGAGGAAGCCAGAUUAGCGAUCGACAAAGGACGAGGACGAGGAGGACAGUCUAAGGCUUAGAACAAGAUCAAGAGUCGAGCAGAUUUAUAUCACCGCUCUUGAAGGUGGUCCUUUUCGUUUUGAAGUACUUACGAGCCUGAAAACAAGUUGAAGUUGUCCUGUUUCAUACAGCGGACACGAAAAUGUUCGAUGUCGUACAUGGCUACGACGGGUUGAAAUCGAAACUCGACCAAAUCAUCGCAGAAACUACGUCGAACGGUGUAUGCAAGAAAAAAACUGUGUAAGUGUAAAUCUGUGAUGCGGAAAAUGCAAAACAGUUACACUUGUCAUGCUCGACAUGCAUGAUCGGCUCGUUUCCUAUGUGUUUUCCCUUCCUAUCUGCGCAUAACAAGUUUUCCCUGUCAUUGCAGACAAACUUGUGAUGCUGUUUUCCCAAAAGACUUACACUAACACAUUUUUUUUCUUGGAUACGGUGGAUCAACCCCCGAUGAUGAAGCUAAAGCACUUCUACAAGAACGACAACCAGCUUUAUUCAACAGGAGCAUCGUCGUGUGUCUUGACGAGGGAAAGCAUUGGCUAGGGGCGCAUUUAUUCUACAGAAACAAUCUUGCUGCCGGCGAGAAGAACAGGAGGACCAGCACUGCUGAUAUUUUUACGACUGCAAAUGUUGCGACUCCUGCAGUUGAUUCAACAUCAUCAUCGUCAUCCACGGGUGGACGAGCGUCGUCGAGUCAGCAACCACGCUUGCAAGUCUUACUCUUUGACACACUAGAAUUGGACAUCGAGAGCCUGUGGAUCUCCCAGCUGCUAUCAUCGCCCGAACGAGGUCGAGGAGGUGGAACUACAUGGCAAAGCAAGAAGAAUGCAUGCUACGAUCUUUUCCUGCUCGGGCCGAUCUGCGAUUAUCGUCAGAUAAGGAGUAGCUGUCAAGGUGCGGUGUCUGGCACGACGUCGACCAGCAGUACUAGCAGCGGAACAAGUUCAUCAUUCAAAAAACUCUACUACGACCGGCACCGCGGAUUACCGCACCGCAAGAUGAUCGCGCAACCCACACUGCAGAGCCAGCGGGACGGCACCUGCUUGGCCAGAUGUUUGGCAGUCUUGCUCUGGCUGCGCUUUGUUCAGCAGAUGAAUAGUGAUGUUGAUGACAAAGACAAUGGGACCUCUCGAAGUACUUCGCCGCGCUAUCAGAAUUAUCUUCAAACCGCCUUCGACCUCGAGACGAAGCUUUUGCAAAGAGGCAGAACCUUUAUCGCCCCAGAACUUAGUUCGCAAAGGAAUCCAGACGCUUUUCGCCCGAAGCAGGAGGACAAGUGUGGGAACCAACAGGUUGUCAACAUGACCACAGACGCCAGUGAACAGUUGAUCGAGCACGAGCACGAGUUUUACCCGCUACGUACCUUGUUUUCCACCGGAGAGCGAGACACCUUCGGAAGAAGGUUCUAUACGCACACAACUGCAGCUAUGAUUCCUGCAGCAGGGGCGGGUGAAGAACAGAAUGAUCGUGCCAAAAAUGGGUUAUUCGGCCACGUUGAAGAUGGGAAGAAAAAUGGAAUAAGUGCAGAAAUUCUUGCCGGUAAAAAGCAGAAACCGAACCCUGACAUUGCUUCAAAACCGCCUGAAAGUAGUUCUUCCGCCGGAUCCGGAACAAAAACUCGUCCUGCGGCGGCCUCAUUUGACCCCCCCGACCGGUUACUUCAGGAGUACGUUGUUGCGAAUGCUAAACUCGCAGCUAUCCGGGAACGCUUUUCGUUUUCCUCAUCAUCAUCCCGCGAGAGUGUUGUAGUUGAGGGCGAAAUUGUUCUAAACGCGUCCUCGCGGCCCCGUUCGUCGCAUCAGUUCCAUAGACCCGCCUCCGCCUGGCGACUGGCCGAGGAUUUAGGGGGGGACCAUGUGAAGCGAUGGCAGUUUCUGGAGGAGGUUUGCUUUUGGUUCGGCAACUACAACUAUCAGGUGAUAAAGAAAUCGGGCUAUGCUGUGCGGGAAGUGUUACAGGACCAUGCAAUGGAGCAAGAGGACAGGACAACGACAACUGCGAGCGGAGUUGCUGAAGCUACAUUCUCAAACAACAUCAAAAGCCCGCGCGGCGAUCAACAUUCUCUGCCACCUGUUUUGCUCCACCCAGCGAGUACGAAGAUUCGAAAGUUCAGGCACCGCAAGACUGGCUUGAUCACACACGAGGCAGACCCGACCUUUUUCGAGCCGCUGGAGGCGUGCAUCGAGUUUCUCUGCUGCACCACAGCUACAACUACCGAAGAGGAGAAGGAAGAGGGGCGGCAUGAAGAGCAGCCCCUUGCACAAGAUGAAGUAGCAACAACAGUAUUAAAUCACCCACAGAAGUUCACAGUUUGCCCUUUUCCGAAAGUUUUCGAAUCCCUGUGUCUGGCCGAUAUGCUUGCGCUACAAGAAUCGCUAGGUGAAUGUAGUACAGAUCAUUCCGCGGGUCGCAGUAAUUUCUCCGGUGGGGCGGGUCCUCGUGCAAGUAAAGAUCAUGAUUCUGCGACGAGUUCUUGUCCUUUGCAUGGACCACGAGAUCAUGAACCAGAAUCGCAGGAGAUGAAGACAGCCUCUAUCAUCGACCUGAUAGAAAGGAUUGAAGUCGACAAGAGCCACAGACGUGUCUUUGUCUCGGACUAUGCACUGGACGGGAGCUUUCUGAAUGAUCCGGAACGCGACAUUGAUCUGCAAACGGAACUCCGCAUGCCCGUUCUGUUGAAGCGGUAGGUGGGACAAGUAAUGACUGAAACUUCUGCAGCUCCGGUGGGGGGGCCACGUGCAAACGAUACUAGCCAGGCUCGAUGAGGAUGAGAUUGAGAAACAAUUGCGUUUCAUCCGGGUCACGUACGUGUGUCGUUCUUAGCAGCGCUUUGCACGUGAAAUAAUGU